AUGUAUACUAUGGAGCUAUUAGCUGCUCUCGAACCGCACCGAGAACGGAUCGGACAGGUUGCCGGGAUGCUUACGGUGGCUCAGUACAUAGCGGGAUGGUUUAUUUGCAAUGACAUUCGGCGUCGUCGUACUUCGGCUGGUGUAUCACCGCUUCGCUUCAUCGGUGGAUGUGGACUCUCCAUUCUGCAACUGCAGUAUUCCCAAAAACUUCAAGCUCCGGCACUCAUCUGGACGAGCAUUAUUACGUUAACCUUCUCGAUACUUUACUCGCUUUGGUUCUGGUGGUACACACCGGCAAAUUUGAGGAGUUCCCUCUAUAGACUAACAACAGGCGCUGCCACCAUCACAGCAGGUCUGUAUGCAUAUGGCGCCCAAGGAGACAGUCCCGAAAUAAUGUACCGACUUGGGCUGGUACUCACAGUGCUGGCGCUCGCUUUCAUCGCUCUGCCGCUGGUCCAGUUGCGCACAAUUAUUCGCGCCAAAAGCAGUGCAGGAUUGCCACUGCCGGCAAUACUCGCCUCGACCGGCGCAACCAUCCUGUGGCUGCUGUACGGACUACUCAUCAACAACACGUUCAUAGUGGUUCAGAAAAUCAUUGCCAUGGGCUUGUGCACCGUCCAGCUAUCGCUGUUUAUCAUUUAUCCAGCAUCCAAAGCCGAUGAGAGGAAAAAGCAACAAUAA